AUGGCCUGGGAUUCCAUGAAAGCUAUGGGUGAAAUAUCUAAGGUCCAUGUUAAGUAUCCGUGGUGGUAUCGCUGUAAAGAGCAGAAGCCUGAGGUUGAACGUGCCAAUGAUGGAUCAGCCAUAUUUGAAUGGACGCUAACGCACUCCUACUACGCGAAUAUGGGCGGUUUCCGCCUAGGCGAAGGAAAGGCGGCUUCGACUCUGACCGCGGAUCAACUUGCCAAAUGCUGGAAAGAUAUUAAAAAGCCUCAACUCUCGGAGGACGACAUCAAAGAUAAGAGUAAAGCAGACAUUUUCACGAAAGCCAUUGCUAUGGUACAGAUAUCCAUAUUAUUGCUCUCAAUCAUAGUCAGAGCUGGAAGAGGCCUGGCCUUCUCCCAACUCGAGCUGGUCACCUUAGCUUUUGCGAUAUGUGGUGUCCUUACCUACAUCGCUCGAUGGUACAAGCCACAGGGUGUCGAAACAGCCACAGUCAUCAUACCCAAGGAAAGCUUUGGUGGAGAAAAAUCCAAUGGUCUCGAAAUACGACAAUACGACAGAUUCUGGCAGGUUAUUCUGUGGAGGACAGCAGUUCUGGUAUCAGUUGGUCUACCACCAAUUGCACUUCUCCUUGUUCCAGUGUGCGCCGCUCUCCAUAAGAGGGUAGAGGUCCUGAAUCCAUAUAACUUCAUGGGAAGUUGUUUACUUGCAAUUCGAGAGUUCGCCUGGCAAGAGGCUGAUCAACAAGCACGUCUUAAUCUUCUCAAAUGUUUGAAAAGUUUGGAGGAGGCCUACGAUGAUCCAAAAAAUAUUGAAAAGCGAUAUUACAAGGAUAUUUUCAGGAACAAUGAGAAUGAACAACUCUUCAAGAGCCUUGGCGACUUUAUCAAGAAACGGAAGGAUCUGUUUCCCAUGGAAUUUCAUGACCAGUUCAAGCGGCUAUUGAACAUGAUGCAAGAGGACACCUACCCAAAAGACGCUUACAGAUUGGACUCAUAUCCGCAGCUGACGUUGCGGUGGCCAAUUAUCAUUUUGUCUGCAACGGGCAUUGUCUAUUGUAUCACAAGGGUAGCUAUCAUCAUAUUGGCAUUUUCCUGCCUCCGAUUGAUGCCAGACUCAGUUUAUGUGACGAGUUGGGCAAAUUUCAUUCCAAACGUGCAGUAA